AUGUUGGAGAUAACUUGCGGUGCAGAACUGACCAGGAGCCUGUGGAGACCUACGACUGUCACAGCUGUGUCAAGCUACACACUGUCCAACCAGGACCAGAGGAGGUGUGAGAAGCUGACUCUGCUGUUGUACUGUCACCAACUCAGCGCUCCGUUCCAUGAGCCUGUCAGCCCUAUGGCCAGAAACUACUACCAGAUCAUCAAGAGGCCCAUCAACCUGUCAGUGAUCCGCAGGAAACUGGACAAGAGCAACACCCUCCACUACUUCACCGCCGAGCAGUUUGUCGAUGACGUCCUGUUGAUGUUCAAGAACUGCGCUACGUUCAAUUACCCAGACUCAGAGGUGGCCCAGGCCGGUCGAAACCUGGAGGGGUUUUUCUUGAGCAAACUGAAGGAGAUAUUUCCUGACCGGACAUUCCCAUCGGCCAGCCAGGACAGAACAGACAGAGCUCGCCUGCAGUGGUUUAACAGGAAGAGGAAGGAAAACAACAGGAAGAAGAGAUACGUCGUUAGUGGGAAAAAAUAUUACAUGUAACUUUGUAAGUUUAAACAUGCAGAGUUAUAUGCUAUUUGCCCUUAAGUCUUUUAAUUAAUGGAGAACGUGCUGAGGUGAAGCGCUUUAUUCCAAAAUCAAGAUGUUGAUUUUGAAAACGGUUACAAACAUUAUGUGCUUUUACUUUUGUCAUUAAGGAAAUCACGUUCUGCGGGAUCUAAGCUGGUUGAAUCAUUUUCAUAUUUCAGGUAUUUUCACAGAAUUUCAGGAAGAAGUGAUACUGUUUUUUUUAUUUGGAAUGAAGUAGGAUUUCAUAUAGAUCUCAUGAAAUGUGAAUUGAACAUUUUCCUGGAGAGUAAAAUUGAAGAACCACGUUUGAAGAAGAUGAUUUUUUAAAGAGGUCAAUCUACUUCUUAAAUGUACUGUAUGUUUUAUUAAAUUUGUGACUUACAUUGUACUUCAGUUAACUCUUCUAAGCUUAAAUUAGGGCCUCAGGUUAUCCAGGUAUAUGUGGUAACAUAAGCAUGGAAAAAACCUCGCACCUGGUUGGUUCUCCACUUUUUCAUAAUAUACACAUUUUUCUCUUGA